AUGUAUACACUUCAAUUUGCCAUAUUAGCUUCUUUUAUGAUUUUUAUGGUGGAUUCUAUAUCAUCCAUAGAUCCUCCUGUUCCUAUAAAUACGCAUAAUAAAGUGCGUGGACGUUUUCGUCGUCGUGAAUUUGUUCAAGAAGAAGUACGAAAAACAAUGUUAAAUUAUAUGACAAGUAUAAAAGGUGAAAUAACGGAUGUUGUACUUGAUGAAAUGGUUAGCUAUUAUAAUAGUCAAACAUCAAAAUUAUACCACUUAGAAAAAGAAUUAGUUCAUAUGAAAAAUUCAUCAUUAUCAAUUUUAAAUACGAAUAAAACAUUAAAUGAUUUAGUUGAAGGUAUGUUUAAAAAACAACAUUCAUUUGCAUCGAAUAUAUCAUUUAUGGAAUAUAAAAUACAAAAUUUAACCAAUAUUUUGAAUGUUUUAUUAAAUGAAUUAAAACAAAAACCUAUUCAACAUGCGAGAAGAUUAAUUUCAACGAAAAGAAAUUUACAAAAUGAUGAUAUACCCAUAGAUUGCGAUGAUGUUUUUCGUCAACAAACAUCGUCUAUUACGGAAGGAAUUUUUCGUAUAAAACCACGUUUUUCAUCUGAAUCAUUUAAUGUUAAAUGUAUAUUUGAAAAUAAUACAGGAUGGACAAUUAUUCAACGUCGAAUGAAUGGUACAGUUGAUUUUUAUCGUGGAUGGAAUGAUUAUAAAAAUGGUUUUGGUGAUUUAGAAACAGAAUUUUGGUUAGGAAAUGAAAAAAUUCAUCAAUUAACAAAACAAGACAAAUAUAUACUUCGAAUUGAUUUAAAACCAUGGGAUGCUUCAAUUCAUAUUGCGCAAUAUGGUGAAUUUGCUAUAGAUAAUGAACAAGAAAAUUAUAAAUUAAAGAUAUCUCAAUUUCAUUCAAAUAUAUCAACAGCUGGAGAUUCUCUUUCAUCCUUAUGGGAUAAUGCAAAUGGAGCAUCAUUUUCUACAUAUGAUCAUGAUUAUGAUAAUUUAUUUUAUGAUAAUUGUGCUUUAAUUUAUCAUGGUGCAUGGUGGUUUACUAAUUGUUUUCAAUCACAUCUUAAUGGGAUUUAUGUUCGAUCACCACUUGCACUUCAAAAUACAGCACGAAAUGGUUUACAUUGGAAUACAUAUGCAUUGUAUCAUUCAAUGAAAGAAGUAACAAUACGUAUUCGACGACAAAAUACAUUUUAA